GUUUCGAGGUUUUCAAUGGACACGCAGCUACUGAAAUCACGUGGAAAAUCUGGACUGAACCUCUGGAAGUCCUUUCCUCUUCACCAUCGAAGGUCUCCUGUUAUGUCGCCUCUGCUUCCCCCGAUGCUCUCCGUCCCGGAGAAGAAGACGGCCGCCGCCGAGCUCUUCCGCGACCGCCACUUCUUCAACUCCGCCUUCUUCACCGACCUCCGCGACGCCCGCGCGUCCCUCUCCGCCGGGAACCCCCAAACCCAGCCCCCCACUUCCAGCCGCGCCCUCCUCCUCCGCUACCAUCGCCUCCUCUCCUCCGCGCGCGAAGACCCCCUCGCCUUCGACGAUAAUCUUGCGUUCACCUGGCACGACGCUUUCAGGUCCCACCUCAAGCACACCUCCGCCUCGCUCCGAUUCGAGAAGGCGGCCGUCGUGUUCAACGUCGGCGCGGCCUCCUCGAGGAUCGCGGCGGCCGUGGACCGGACGGUGGAAGGCGGGGUCAAGGAGGCGUGCGGGGAGUUCCAACGCGCUGCGGGGGCGUUCCGGGCGGUGGGUGAGAUGAUGGAGGGGGAGGAGGGGACGGUGGAUAUGGGCCCGGAGGCCGCGGCGAUGCUUGAGCAGCUCAUGCUCGCUCAGGCGCAGGAGUGCUGCUUUGAGCGCGCUCUUUCUGCGGGGACGUCGCCGGCGGCGUGCUCCAAGGUGGCCAGACAGGCUGCCUUGUACUAUGAAGAAGCUUAUGCUGCACUGGCCAUCCCUCCACUGCAGAACCACUUUGAAAGAUCAUGGUUAUCACAGAUCCAGUUGAAGGCUGCUCAAUUCAAUGCAGAAGCUUGCUAUAGAUAUGCCAUUGAACUGCAUGGGAAGAUGGAAAUUGGUGAGGAGAUAGCUCGACUACAGGUUGGGAUUAAAGCGGUUGUUGAUGCAAAGCGAACUGCCAGGGGAGCCCCUGGAUCCCUGUACGAUUGUGUUUCCAAAUUAGAACAAGAUAUGAACCGGAACUUGGAGAAGGCAGUGAAUGAGAACAACCGCAUCUAUCUAAUGCGAGUCCCAGCAGCCCAAUUGUUAGCUCCUCUGCCAUCAGCUUCACUUGUCCGGUCUGUGUCCAAGAGUGAGAUCUUAGAUGCAAAGGCAGAAGCUGGCCAUCAAUCCUUAUAGGUUCUUGCUGCAGGAAUUGUCGUACUUCUUCGUGUUCAUCUGCAUAAGCCAUUUCAGACUUUUAGUCAGGGUAUCUCCAACAGGGUACUAGUAAUGGUACUAAUCUUCUCUCUCGUAUCUUUUGUGCUGAUGUGGAAGGUAAAGAUGUGGUACUAGUUUCUUGCAGUAGUAACUACUUUGGCACAAGAAUCAAUGUUUUAAAAAGAAAAAUAGACUGAGAAGAGUAUGACUAGUGGACCCAAACCAAAAAGUUGUCUUGGGAGAACUCCGAUCCAUAUUAUAUUCAUGUAUAUGUGCGUAAAAAACGUUUAAAUACAUGUAAUAUUUCGACAAUUAAUAUGAAUCGGAAAGAGUAAUUAAAAA